CUCGCACUGAGGCCGCUCAGACAAGGCCCCCGGCGUUGGCACACACAAUGGGAUCCCAGGCUCUGGAAUGUGGGGAGAGAAGCCCACGGAGGAGCUGGGGAGAGGCAGAGAUAAUGAGGGGUCUUAUUUAAAGAAGGGGGGACACAACCGCCUCGUUUGCAGCCCACAGACACCCAAAGCAGCGGAUUCCGGUGGAGCAAAAUGAACCCUCCCUGCUCUUUCUGCCUUCUGCUGCUGCUGAGCCUCGGGGCCUGCUUCCCUCCAGACGGUGGGCUCCAGACGUCCAGGAGAUUUGCGGAGAAAGGGCUUGCAGGAACAGAAGAGCAACCUGGUCUCAGGGUUGCUGACUCCCCAAAGUGGAAGCGUUCGGCUGAAGACCUCCGUUCCCUCUUCAGCAUCGCUAAGGAGCUCCAAAGCUUCGGCAAGGAAAAAGCUGGCAUCCAGUUCCGGUUCGGAAGAGACAGAGAAGGCGAGAACGAAGCCGUCAAUUACCUGCCAGAGAAAGAUGGCGUGAAAUGGGGGGAUACUUUAGGGAGUCUUGCGGAAGAGCUAAAUGGCUACAACCGAAAGAAAGGUGGAUUUAGCUUCCGCUUUGGGAGGAGAGCGACACAGUUCUGAAGGCUUUUCCCUGCUGGAACUGAAGUCACCCCUCUGUCAUUCUCUGUGCUGCAGCUCCCCAUGAAGAUCAGCAGUCUGCCCCCCCACACACACACACACACCCCUGCCCUUUGGCCAGCUGCUUCCAACCAACCCCAUAGCUUUGCCUGCCUUCCUCAUUUUCCAAGGAAGGAAGCUGACUGACUAGUGUCCCACAGAGAGCCAGUGUGGCGUAGUGGUUAAGAGCAGGUGCACUCUAAUCUGGAGAACUGCUCUGCCACUUGAGCUGUGGAGGCUUAUCUGGGGAACCAGAUUAGCUUGUGCACUCCAACACAUGCC